UCGGUGUUGACGCGGAUCCAGUGAUGCGGCGACCCAGCGGGCGCAGCAUCCCGGGCCGGGGGUGGACAGCACCGAUUUCCGCGUCGGACCCGGGACCGCGUCCGGCCCUGCGUGCUCCCCGCAUGACCUUGUGGCCUUCCCUUAUGAAACACUACAGCCCCACCGACUACGUCAAUUGGUUGGAGGAAUAUAAAGUUCGGCAAAAAGCUGGGUUAGAAGCCCGGAAGAUUGUAGCCUCGUUCUCCAAGAGGUUCUUUUCAGAGCACGUUCCUUGUAAUGGCUUCAGUGACAUUGAGAACCUUGAGGGACCAGAGAUAUUUUUUGAGGAUGAACUGGUGUGCAUUCUAAAUAUGGAAGGACGAAAAGCUUUGACCUGGAAAUACUACGCCAAAAAAAUUCUUUACUACCUACGGCAACAGAAAAUUUUAAAUAACCUCAAGGCUUUUCUUCAGCAGCCUGAUGAUUAUGAGUCGUAUCUUGAAGGUGCCGUGUACAUCGACCAGUACUGCAACCCUCUCUCAGACAUCAGCCUCAAAGACAUCCAGGCCCAGAUCGACAGCAUCGUAGAGCUUGUUUGCAAAACCCUCCGGGGCAUAAACAGCCGCCAUCCAAGCUUGGCCUUCAAGGCAGGUGACUCCUCCAUGAUAAUGGAAAUAGAACUUCAGAGCCAGGUGCUGGAUGCCAUGAAUUAUGUCCUUUAUGACCAGCUGAAAUUCAAGGGGAACCGAAUGGAUUAUUACAAUGCACUCAACUUAUACAUGCACCAGGUUUUGAUCCGUAGAACAGGAAUCCCAAUCAGCAUGUCUCUGCUCUAUUUGACAAUUGCUCGGCAGUUGGGAGUCCCACUGGAGCCUGUCAACUUCCCAAGUCACUUCUUAUUAAGGUGGUGCCAAGGCGCAGAAGGGGAAGGCAUCGACCAGUCCUAUCAGCUCCUGAGAGACUCAUUGGAUCUGUAUCUGGCGAUGUACCCGGACCAGGUGCAGCUUCUGCUUCUUCAAGCCAGACUCUACUUUCACCUGGGAAUCUGGCCAGAGAAGGUGCUUGACAUCCUCCAGCACAUCCAGACCCUCGACCCCGGGCAGCACGGGGCGGUGGGCUAUCUGGUGCAGCACACGCUCGAGCACAUCGAGCGCAAAAAGGAGGAGGUAGGCGUGGAGGUCAAGCUUCGCUCUGACGAGAAGCACAGGGAUGUCUGCUACUCCAUUGGGCUCAUUAUGAAGCAUAAGAGGUAUGGCUAUAACUGUGUGAUCUACGGCUGGGACCCCACCUGCAUGAUGGGACACGAAUGGAUCCGAAACAUGAACGUGCACAGCCUGCCUCACGGCCAUCACCAGCCCUUCUACAACGUGCUGGUGGAGGAUGGCUCCUGUCGAUACGCAGCCCAAGAAAAUCUGGAGUACAACGUGGAGCCUCAGGAGAUCUCUCACCCCGACGUGGGGCGCUACUUCUCGGAGUUCACGGGCACUCACUACAUCCCCAACGCGGAGCUGGAGAUCCGGUACCCUGAGGAUCUGGAGUUUGUCUAUGAAACGGUGCAGAAUAUUUACAGUGCAAAGAAAGAGAGCAUAGAUGAGUAGAGUCCAGAGGACAUCGUGCCUUUGCCGCUGCUGCUAUCUCCCAAGAGAACAGGGUUCCGGCGGAGACUCUCCAGGAGCCCUCUGGACUCACUGUCAGCAAAGCCACUGCACCAGUGGGCUGGUCGCCUCCUCCCCAGUUGAAUGACGUGUGCUCUCCGCCAGCUGCAAAGACAAUGUCGCUCUCCGCCUACACUAGUGAAUUAACUCGAAAGGCACUGUGUUCAGUGGCAUGGCUUGUAUGCUUGUCCUGUGGUGACGUUCGUGACAUUCUGUCCUCAUGAAGUCUCACAGCCAACACCUGUUCUUUUUAUCCACUGCCAUCCUCUGUCUGUCUCCAUGUCUCAGAACAUUUCACUCGCUGGGCAGAUGGGCUUGUCCAUUUGCAGUAAUUUCUUUCUGAUGUCUCCGUGGGACGUGUGCGGUCUUGAGUCAGGCUUGUCUGUCUGUUACCCUGAAUUUCCUGGCGUAUUCGGAGGUAAAGUCGUUCGCUGUCUUGGCAGCACCUUGGAGAUGGAGACGUCAACAAGCAAAUGGUAAUUAGAAUCUUUAGAACUUUAUUUUCUUGCUGAUACAUGAAACACAGAUUUUAAGUGUUUGCCUCUCUCUUUUUUUUAAUUUAAAUUGGGAGAAUAACAGUUUUCCCUUCCAAAUUCCUCUCUUGGAAUUAUGCACAUUUCUAUAAAUCAUGAGUUUUCUAUUUUAUUACAUAAGAUUCUUUAGAAAAUGCAUAAUAAUGGCUUUCGUGGAUUUUUCCACAUUCAUCUUCUGUUUCUUUAAAAUGACUACUUUAUUUUUAAUCUUAAAAAAAUCUGCUCCAGUAUCAUGAGUAGGUCUUAAAUCAGUGAUGGGUUCUUUUUUUUUGUAGUGAGCCACACAGAUCUGAUGUUGAAAUAGUCUCUCUCAUAAAUUGUACUCUUCUGGUCUCCAAAGACCAAAAAGUGGGGUUCCACUUUUCUAAUCGAAAAGAAAGAAGUAAUGAACCUUAAUUUUCUUUUUAAAGAAGGAGGGAUUCCACGCCCUUGUCAUUCCUUAGAGUCACUUCCAGACCCUUUGAAUGUGGUGGGGUAGAAAGAAGUCAGUGUCUUUCAUGUGAAGCGUGUUGGCUGGUGGGAAAAAAGGGGUGUGUGUGAUCUGGCUUCUCGGGCCAUCGGUGCCCUGAAGCACCAGGACGAAGCCUGUGUCCUAGUCACUUGGGAAAGCCUGGUCCUGCUCGGGCUGCCUGGCUCCUUUUCCAUGUUCUUAGUAACUGAGCUGAAGGGACCGAGUCUGCAGCUCUGGAGUUGCCGCCACUCGCCACCUGCCAGUUCUCAAGUGAGCUAGCUUGUGAUUAGCCAUAGAGCUCACUCCUGGAGUUAGGACUUAGUUACUUUGCGCUCUGCGUUUAAAAUGCAUAAUCCAUUUGCUGUAGCCAGCGAGGCUUUAGGAGGCCGCAGUCCAGCCAGCCUCGCCACGUGUCUGCCAUUUGCAUGCAGUAUUCUCACCGCGUUGAAUGACUGCUUCUUGUUUACCCUUUGGAAACCCUGGGAUGACCAAGGUUCGGGAACCCACCUGAGACCACUUCCUAACAAGUGAAGGCCACUAGGCGGUUACUGGAAGGAGAUGGGGACUUGGCCCGCCGGCUCCUUCCGCCUGAAGUAGCUGCCACCCAGUGUCUGUGUUCCUCAUCAGUCAAAUCCAAAGUCAGGUGAUUUGAACUUGCAUUUGAAAAUGUGACCACUCACAACACCUAUCCUGCCGGAGGUGGCAGGAUUUCACACUACUCUCGCUUAAGGGUAAAAAUUAGAUAAUAUGGAAUUAACGUUAAUGAGAUGCAUUACUAAGAAACCUUGGAGCAUGCUGAGUUAUAACUGUUGGUUUUUCGGUUUGAUUUCCUUUUUUCUUAGAGUAACAUCAAAGCCAAGAAAGAUGGUUUUACCUUUACUGACCCAAUUGUAAAUAUGUAUCUAGACUGUUUUUAAAUGUGUUUCCUCAUGAAUGCUUCAUUUGGCUCCAGGAAGCCUGUAUCACCUGUGUAAGUUGGUAUUUGGGCACUUUAUAUUUUUCUAAAAACGUGUUUUGGAUCCUGUACUCUAAUAAAUCAUAAGUUUCUUUUUAAAAAAUUUUCCAAAAGUUUUCUCCAUUUUAAAAAGCCCUGUUAUAAAAGUAGAACUUUCACAAUGUUAAAAUAUGAAAUAUUUGGAUAUAGCAACUUCUUUUCUCUUCAAAUGAAUGCCAAGAUUUUUUUGUAUAAUGAUUAAUAAAUGGAACUUACCCAGAGAAAACCAUGCAAA